CGUUCAGAAAACACAACUGCUCUGUCGCGCUAAAUUUUACUGGCUGCAACACAUAAUUGGCUGUCCAAUUUUUUGAAGCUAUAUAUUCCCUCGGCAACAGCCAAUCAUUCGAAGUAUGUUUCUUGUUGAAAAGCACUCAUUUCAUUUGUGGAUCAUGUGUGAACUAUAAGCUGAUCUGAUUGACAGUGAUAAAAAGAUGGAAGACUUUGUACCAACACGUGUAUCCCAAAUCAAGAAAACUACAGUGACUAAUUACGUCUCUGUAAAUUACGAGGAACCUAAGAAAAAAAGAAAGCCUGCAGAUGAUGCAGAUAAUAAAGAGAAGCCCGAGGAUAAGAAAACACCUGCCGAGUUGAAGGAGCAACAAGAAAAGGAGAUGAAGAAAUUGCGAUAUGAGAUUAUUAAAUUUGGUGCUAAACCUCCUAAAAAUAGGAGGAUGAAUUACAAAGCAUUAAAACUACGUCGAAAGAAAGAAGAAGAAAAGAAAAAGGAAGAGGGACAUAGGAUAUCUGGAUUUGUUAAUAGUUUACUCAAACCUAAGUCCAAAAAAAUACGUAAGAAGGAUAGCGGUAUUCUAGGUGUUUAUGGUAAAGUACCAAAAAAUAUUAAAUUACCUAAGGAAAAAAGCUGAAUUUUUCAGCAAAAACGAAUGAAAUUUAUUGAAAUUAGUAUAAUUUUGAAAAAAAAUGUAUUCAGAAUGAAAUAUCUCUAAGAACUAAACCGUAUAUAUUUGUAAAUAUUAAUGAUAUAUUAGUGAGUGAUGAGUUAUUAAAAAUUUUUAGCUAUAUUAAAUUAUAUAAAGUUAGUUAUAUAAAGAUUAUGUUCUCGCAAAGAAACACAAAGGAAUUCAUGAAAAAGAAUUAUGCGAAAUUUGUGAAUUACGAAUAAUAUACAAUUUUUAAUUAGUAGUUUAGAGAAAGGAAGAAGGAUAUACAAAGAAAAAUAGACAUAUUUUUGUAACUGCAAACAUUUAAAAUAUUUUCUGUUGAUUCAUCGCUGUCUUGUUACAACAUCAACUAUCUAUUGUCUAACAAUAAUAUCUCUUCUGCAUGUUGUAUACUAUGUAUGAAGAAUAACAAGUAAUAAAAUAAUAUAUUUUUAUAUAA